GCGGCUUCCUCCCAUCGGCCCCGGCUUGCGCGCCUUUCAAACAUGGAGGAGCGCGAGCGGGGGGCGAGGUCGGCUCGCGCCGGGAGCCCCGCGAGCCCGCCCAGCCCGCGGCUGGAUGUCAGCUCUGACAGCUUCGACCCGCUGCUGGCCCUGUACGCGCCCCGCCUGCCCCCCAUCCCCUACCCCAACGCCCCCUGCUUCAACAACCUGGCCGCGUACGAGAGCUUCCUCAGGACCGGCUCCCGGGGCGGCGGGCGCGGGCGGGCGCGGGGCGCGGCCGCGGGCUCGGGGGGCCCCGCCGCCGCCGCCGCCGCCGCCGGAGCCUCGGGCCGCAGCCGCAGCCGCCGCCGCGCGGACGCCCCGGCCCCGGACCCCGAGCGCAUCCAGCGCCUCCGUCGCCUCAUGGUGGUCAAGGAGGAAGAGGACGGCAGGGCCGGGGCGUCCAGGCGGGGCCCGGGUCGCAGCCGGAAGGCGCCGCGCAACGUGCUCACGCGGAUGCCCCUGCACGAAGGCAGCCCCCUGGGAGAGCUCCAUCGGUGCAUCCGCGAGGGGGUAAAGGUGAAUGUUCACAUCCGCACUUUCAAGGGACUCCGGGGCGUCUGUACCGGCUUCCUCGUAGCGUUUGACAAGUUCUGGAAUAUGGCACUUACUGAUGUGGAUGAGACCUACAGAAAACCUGUUCUAGGCAAAGCAUAUGAACGGGAUUCUUCGCUGACUCUCACGAGGCUGUUUGAUCGGUUGAAACUACAAGAUUCUUCCAAGAAGGAAGCAGAUUCAAAGUCUGCAGUAGAAGACUCCACUCUGUCCAGAUACUCGCAGACAUCUACUUGGAAGGUGGCUUCAGUCUGGGGACGAGGAGACACCGACCGGGGCUCCCGCAGGCGUUCCCGUUCUGUUCCUUCUUCCCUACAGGCAUCUGCUAGGGAGGAGUCCAGGUCUGAGCUGUCAGGGAGGACUACAAGGACAGAAGGGUCCAGUGUGGGAGGUACCAUUUCCAGGGCCACCACCCUUUCCCGGGGACAGCCCCGUAAGAAAAAGCGAAAGCCCAAGGUGGAUUACCAGCAGGUAUUCACUCGACACAUAAAUCAGAUUUUUAUUCGAGGUGAGAAUGUCUUGCUGGUUCAUCUUGCACAGUAACCAGCUCAGCUUCCUUUGAGCUUUGGUUUUUAGGUAUAAAAUGCAUGAGUUACUACUGUGCUAUAUCUUAGUAUCCCAAUAAAACUUGAGUUGGUAUGAUUCCCUGUGGUCCGGCACAUGCAGAGGACAGAGCAGGCUCAAGCCUCUGGAAGAUGAGCUCAAGGAGAGGACAGGCCUUGGGAGGGUGGACAUUUGAGUGAAUAUCAAGGCAGAAGCCAUGCAUAAGUACAGCAUGCAUCUGACUGGGUGUCAUGGUCUACUUCAGUCACACAUGCCAAAUGUAUAAGAUUUUGUACUUAGGGAUCACAGUAUGAGUGGAAUUCACUCUUCAAUGACUAUGGAAAGAAACUAUCUCAACGCAUGAUCUCAUUUUGAAAAGCUAGUGCCCCACACACUCAUAAAUUUAAUUCGGAGAAUAGCAGUGUAGAUUGUCCUGGAUCCCUGCACCCACCUCUUGUAACUGAUCUUUAUAUUUUGCUCAACACCAUUCUCUCUCACUGAAGAAAUGAAAUGUUUUGAGUAUCUUUAAGGUCCAGGAGAGUUACAUGGGGUAAAAUUGAGAUAGGGUGUGCCCCAAGUAGCCAGCGAUGAGUGCGCUGUCUUGGUCUCUCUCCCUGCUGUGGAAGGGAGCACAGGACCUCAUCGGUCUUCCCCUCACCAGAGGUAGCCUCUGCAGAUGACAAAGCGGAGGAGACGGUGAUUUGUGUGCGGUGGCUGUCGUCCUUCAUGCUGACUUCUGUGGCAUGGUGCUAGUGCAUGUCCCCUGUGGUAUUGCCCCUCUGUAUAUAACAGAAACUGUCCCAUGCGCUUCGUAGCAGGAGACUGUGACUGUCAUGCUAGCUUCGAAGGGUUUGGCAUGAACUCUGUACUACACCUGAAUCACCCGGCUGAGAGUCUCCUUUCCACACGGGCUGGCCUCGUGUAGUCUCUCUCAGAAUGGUUUACCUUGAAGCAGUGGUGGCGGUUCUAUUCCCUGGAGUCAGUGUUUACAGGAGCUGCUCCUACUUAAACUGUGCUAUUACAUGCUUUCUGAAUCACCAGUGCAGAAUAGGCUGCAUCUUGACACAGACUGUUAGGCAAUACUGACUUUUUAUUUUGUUUGUAUAUGUUUUGUCUUGGAUAACUUAUAUUCAAAGUGGGAAGAAACAGCUAACUGGUUAAAAUGUAUGAAAAAGAUAUUUCCCCUGUUACAUUUGUUGUUUAGGUUGAGUCUUCUGAGACACAGGUGAAUAAGGGUUAGGGAGCUGGAAUCCCUGGUUCUUCCAGCUAAACUGCUGGUUCAUUAGACAAGUAAAGGUGAGCAGAUUUAACCCCUCUGUGCCUCAGUUUCCCCUGUCAAGACACCUACCUCACUAGGGCAUUGUGACAAAAAAUUUUAGGAAGGCAUUUUACAAUCUCCAAAUGUGUUUUAAGUGCCAUGAGUAAUUUUUACUCUAUUUCACAGCUCUGUAAGAAUUCUACAUCUUAUGAGCAGGGCAGGUGCUAAACAAGGAAGAAGUGUUCCUAAGUGUCACAUUGGGCCCUAGUAACGAUCACCAGAAGGCAGUGAAAACUUGAGCAACUAGUUUCCGUGUUCCAUUCCUCCACCCAAAGGGACAGUGGAAGGGAUGAGAACAUCUUCUGGAAGAGGACAAUGGCAUUGUGGUUUCUUUUGCUGCUCUCCCCACAUCCCAGCCCUGAUGUAUUUCUGAUAAUUAUCAGGAAGAUUUAUACAAUACCAAAGGGAAAAUGAGUAUCCAAAAAUGGCACAUCCCCAAAGGGGAAUUUGUGGGAGUCUUUAUUUAUUUACCGUUAAUUUGUUUUUAUUUGUAGAUGUAUUUGAAAGUACACUUUAGAGUCAUAUGAGGUGCACUAAAGUUUCUAAGAGAUUCCACUUACAAACUAAAGAUCACAACUGUCUUUGUAAUCUGCCAGUCUAAACUCUGUUCUCAUUAGUGGGUCCAGCAAUCUUAAUUCUCAAAUUAACAGUAUUUCAUUAGAUCAUCGGGCAGUGCUGCGUGCAUCUCCUUGCUAGCUGCCCCUGCCAGCCUCAUGUCUGCCUCUUUGUCCCUCAGUUAGAAGCUGUGAUACUCUAUUUUCCCAAUAAAGUAGAAAUUUGGAAUAAAAACAAAUAUAAUUUCCAUUGCAUUCCAUUGCCUUAUUAAAUCUAGACUGAUUUAUUUUAAACACAUAUAAGUUUUUAUGUUUAUGUAUAACUUUCUUGUGUGCACAUAAUUUUUCUCCCAACAUGACAUGAAAAAACUUUGAACUGUGUGCUGUCUUAUGUGCUAUAUUGCCCCUGUUUAUUUGUGUGGUUUAAGCAACGCUCCUAAAUGAGUAUUAUUUAGUAAGUGUACUGUUUUGUAUAAAGCAUGAUAAUUAUUUUUAGAGAAGUCCAUUUUUUAAAAUUCUGCCUUUAUUAUUGGAAAGUUUUUCAAAACUGAAAAAAUAGACCCGAAUAAUGUAUUGCUGCUUGAAAAUUGUAACCGUCUAGGUCAUUAUAAUAAAUUGCUAGGGUUGACUAGGGAGGUAGCUCGGUGGAGGUAUAUGCUUUGCAUGUGUAAGGCCAUGAGUUCGAUCCCCAGCAUAGUAGUUGAUUGAUUGAUUGAUUGAUUGAUUGAUUGAUUGUAAAUUGCUAUGGAAAUAAUUGACAUUUUCCCAGGAAAAGGGGAAAUAAUGGUAGAGAAUCAGAAAUCACUGGAGGGCCUACACAGCUGAAAUGCAACAGAACAAUGCCCCAGGCAUCAGGGUAGGGAAACUUGUUAAGAAUAGCAUCUAUUUUGGAACAUCCAACUUGGUUAUUCAAAGAAAUCUCUAGACAAUGACUAUGUUUUCAAGACAAUUCACAGGGCAGACCUGUGCAGUUGGCAGGUGUUCUUCUCUGAUGUACCAACUUAGUUAGACGAUGACAGGUGUUAAGAAGUGCAACAUAGAGUUUUGUACCCAGAACAAUUUCAGGUGCCAGUCUUUGUACGCAGCAGUGAUUCUUGUGCUCUCCCAUCAGUAGGACAUGUACUUAGGUUGUUUGAGUCAGUACCUGGGAAAUGUUCACGCUUCCUGUUGUGUAUGACCAGAAACAGGCUAAUUCUGAAACAGUCGGAGUCAGCACAUCUGAGGCAGGUGGCUUUGGGCUGGUCAGCACCUCGCUGUCUGUUCAUGAUGUGUGUCCAGUCCAAAGCCUGGCAAACAUGAGAUUUCAAUGUGGUGCAUAGAAAUGGUCACUGUGGUUGUUGCGGGGUCAGGAGCAAUUCUGUAGGUCCUUGUGAAGCACAGUGUACCUUUAGAGACUGUCAGGCUUGAAAUGUGAUCUGCCCUCAUUCGCAUAAGCCUCACAGACAUUUGUAUGUGCCACUUCUACCCCUUAAGAAAAAAGAAACAAACGGCAAGGGGACCGAGACAUGCAGGGCGAAGCUGGAGGGCGGGGAGAGAAGAUGAAAACAGAAUGCAGCUGUGGUGUGUACCCAUACCAGCUCCCCGUGAGCAAUGUAAUCGUGUACUACAAACAUGUACUAAUAAAAAUGGGAAAGAAAGAGAAAUAGAAACCUAACUUAGUAGAAAGUGGGUAUAUGUAUUUCUGAAUAUACUAUUUCCACAGCAGCCAACAAGGGCAAAGCUGUGAAAUAGAAUUGGUUCUGUAAAUUACUUGUUAAAUUUUCUCUGAAUUUUACCUUUAGGAAAAACAUUAAAAAUCAUUCUAAGACAGCUGGCUGCCACCGGUGCUGCCCCAGAGCUUUGCAUUCUUUUGUGUGUUUUCCAUGAGUGAAGUGACUGCUGUGGGAAGGUCAGGGUUCAUGGAGGAGAAGAGAAUCACAGGAUGAAUAUAAUAGUUUGCAGUCCUUGUAACUUUUCUUUUUCUGUACCGACCACAUAUAGAAAGCAGUCGGCCCCAUUUUAGAAGCUUAUGUUCGCCAGCUUAUGUUCUUUCUUUUCCCAUAGGUUUUUCUUAGUGCAUGUGAAGCAGAGACAUCUUAUGUGGGCUUGUGUUCAAAGGUACACAGUCUGUCGGCACUUUGUGGCAAAUUCAGUUGAUGGGUUUAGGAUGUGCCUUUGGGGUUCCUAAACCGAUUUUCAGGGCACUGAAGAAGGGUUGGGGCUCUUUUACCCUUACUGUUUUGAGCAUUUUUCAAAUGUUAGUAUGUUCCCUUGCACUCUUAUAAUUAAAAUGAAACCUAUCAAGGAAGGGUUUGGAUGGUUCAAAGAUCUAGGGAAAGAAACAUAACACCUAACACCUUCGAUUGGUCUUUUAUUUAUUUAGAAAAAAUAGUUUAAUAAGCUGCCAGAAUCAGUGCUCCUUUAAAAACAUUCUCUGAAAAGAUGAGAACUGUCCCUUAGGAAGGUUAUAAAAGCUACUCCCAGUACAUUGCAAUUGCUUUUGAUUUUAGUUUUUUGCAGCAAAUGUCUGAUGUUGUUUUUAGAACUGUAAAAAAAAAAAAAGUUUGCAAAUGUUUUCAGGGAUAUUAUUUGAACUAUGAUUAUCUGACUGAGUUAUGUUGAGCUAGGUUCUAGGGCACCUAUCCACUUCUUUCUCUGUUGUCCUGACGGUUAAACAGCCAUGCUUUUAAAAGCGAUUGGCUCACUCUGUACUGACAUCUGAAGACAUCAGCCUCCUAUUUGGCAAUAUUGACUUAACUAAGUUUUCUAGACAAGCCUAAAGUUGGGUUACUCUCUGUUUAUAGUUUCACUAUUCAUAUACUAGCUGCUAGAAGAAAAAUCCUUUGACUGUAAUCUCAUUUUUAUAUUACUCCUGAUCAUUUGGUUAACCAAAUCCUUUUCUGUUUGGGGAAAAAUUGCUGCUAGUUACCUUGGUUUGCAAUGUUCUGCUUCAGGUAUGUAUCUUAUGAAGGUCUGAAACUUUAAUAAAUAUGAUUCUAUUACUGUA